GACAAACUCACCCAAAGGACUCGGCGACCGCUUCAACUUCGACACGCAUCCCUAGCCCGCAUCCUCAAUCUCCUGGGAAGAUUUCAAAAUGUUUACCUCAGUCCUAAAGUCCCUUGUCGUCAGCGGUACCCUCGUCGUCAGCCUUCUCAACCCGACCGCUUUCGUCCUGGCCGCUCCCAGCCCGGCUAUCGCUGAUCCCGUCAGCACCAGCCCCAAUGUCCCUCUCAGCCCGGAAGACGCUUUAGCUGCAUACACCCGCUACGGUCCGUUUAACAAGCGUGAGGACGAGGGUUUGGCCUUGAACGCGAGAAAGGAGCCGCCCAAAUGGACGGGCGGUAACAACGAGGUUAUUCACUUCUUCAACUGCCAGAAGAGACCCAACUGGGGUCAUGGAACCGAUUCCUUGGUUGUGAUCUGCGAAGACGACAAGAACUGCCACGACCUCAACUACCUCCCCCCGGAUGACUCCCUUUGCCUCAUGGACCGCUUCGACGACGACGGCAUCUUCCAUGUCUGGGAGGGCUCGGUCCAGGGAUGCCUGUUCAUCAACUACAACAACAUGUUGAGCUGGAACAUCACCAAGGAUGCGCAGAAGCAGGCGGACUUUACCACUGUUGGUUUUUUGACCUCUGACACCUUCGUCUACCAGGGUUUCAAGGAUAGUAAGCCCAAGGGUUUGGCUAUUCCCUUUCGUGACUGCCAGAGUAUUUAUUACUUCACGCUUCGGAAGGAUCUGCAGCUUGUUCAUGGUAACUAAGGGAUCGCCCUCCCGGAUGGAGGCGGCCAACGGUCAAGUCUUCGCAGUAAGCUGUACGGUCAUGAGGUUUCUUUUGAAAGUCUCUGAAAGUCCCCACUCAUCCCGGCAUACUAAUACCCGAAAGAGAGAAAAAAAAAAAGAGAGACAGAGGGGCAAGAUCAAGGGAGAGGUCGGAAAGAACAGGAUGAUUGAAGGUGGGGGGAUAAAAGUAUUAGGAGAAGGCCUGCAUACCUAGGUAGUAGCUAUAACCAGAGUCAAGUGCUCUGAUUUUCUUCCCG